UGGUGCGAGCUGGUGAACAGAAGUGUCUCAAGAAUCUCACAUGUAACUGCGGAAUUCAUCAUGCGACUUUGACAGAUUUAACACCAUGAAAUUACAGAUGUUAGCUUGGUUGCUAUCCAUGGGGAUACUGGACUUGGUCGCCUUGGAUACGGUCAAUUCACUGUCGGCAUCAUUCUUCGGUGAGAGUUACAUCCGACUGCCAUAUGAGGACGCCACGAGUCAGACGGACAUCCGCGUCCAGUUUAAGACGCAUCGGUCACAUGGCCUCAUUCUGGCGGCAGCAGGACGUACAGACUACUGCAUCAUCGAGCUGAUCAAUGGCCGCCUGGAAGUGCGCUUAGAACUUGGAUCAGGAGAAGCCAAGGUGACAUCGCCCCCUGGUAUCCGCUUUGAUGACUUAAACUGGCAUUAUCUCUCCCUGCAACGCAUCAAUGAGGACAUCAUCCUCACAACAGAUGGCAUGUAUACGACACGCGUCAGUAAGCCAGGACGAUUCUUUGAGUUAAAUAUCCACUACGGCAUAUUCCUUGGUGGUCUUGGAACAUUCACCGACUUAAACAUUAAAUACACAAAUUUCCGAGGGUGCAUGCGCUACGCCCUCUAUAAUUCUGUUGAUUUGUUUUCGGCUGCGCGACAGCAGGAUAACCCGUUGAAUGUUUACGAUGUAGCAUGGGACUGUAGUGAUGAGUUUGAUGCUACAUCUGAUCACCCAAUCAGCUUCGUCAACGAUGACUCCUAUGUCGCAUUCCCACACUUGCGAGUCGGCGAGGAAUGGAAGUUAAUCUUUGAGAUCAAAUCUCGGACAGAUGACGGCUUAGUUCUCUUCACAGCUGCCCAACAUCCAACUCCUGAUUUCGUAGCGUUAGAAAUCGUUGAUGGCAAGUUGAAACUAACUAUCGACAAAGGCAGCGGUCCUGAACACCUGACGUCAGAUCGUAAUGUCAACGAUGGAAUAUGGCAUCGGAUUACUAUUGCUGUUACAGUAUUAACGAUGGAUAUCAAUAUCGAUGGCUCAGUCAAGUUGAAACGAACCAGUUUUGGUAGCCAGAGAUACCUGGAUCUUCAUAUUGGGGGGCGUGUCUACUUAGGUGGGAUUGGAUCGAAAUCUCGAGUACAUGCUGUCCGCAAGAAUCUCGUCUCUCUGCAAGGACGACGAGCUUCUAAAGGAUCCAUUCAGGGCUGCAUACGCAAUAUUGUGUACAACAAUCGGCCGCAUGGCUUACGUGAGGCCAUCGUCACACAUGCGGUAAAGUCAAACUGUGUUUGGAAGUACCCGUGUGUGAGUAAUCCCUGUAUCCGAGGUGCUGUCUGUGUCGAGGAAGGCUACGAUUCGUAUGACUGUAAGUGUAAUAAGGACAUGUGUUUCAAACCCCAAGGAACUGGUGAAGCCAUGCCUGGUGAACUAGUGCGUCUCAACCCCCUGUACAUAGAGGAAGGCGCUCAAGCACCUAUAACUACUAAUAACAUUGACUUUGUUUUCAAUUAUCAUUCAUACGGACUUCUUGAAUCCGCAAUAGUUUUCACUAUCAUAACCCGUCCAGAGAAUGGGCUUGUCAAUAUCGAUGUGCCUGGCCGCCAAGACCCCAACAUGUUCACCUUACAAGACUUGAUAGCAGAUAAAGUGCAGUAUUCGCACGAUGGCUCAGAAUCGUUACGAGAUAGGGUCGAGUUCUCGCUAGAGAUCAUUGGCCAUCAAGAGUUAUUACCAGAGAGUAUUGAGAAGCCAAAGUUCACGCUUGCUAUUGGAAUAAUCCCCAAGAAUGACCUCCCAAUCAUUGAGCUACCCAAGGAUGACACCAUCACGAUUAUCCAGUAUUCCAAGUUUUUGAUCACCACCAAGACCAUCCAUGCCAUGGACGGCGAUGACAAUCCAGGUAAUCUGAAAUUCCUGAUUGAAUAUGAAGGUGGGAUGGACGGUGGGUACUUUGAGCGGGUGACGGGUCCAGCUGUUCCACUGACCUCCUUCACACAGCAGGAGGUAAACCAGCGAAUAAUCGUGUACGCCAACCAAGGAGCGACUAUCCAGAGGGUCAGAUUACGAGUCACUGACAGAACUGAUACAAGCGAGGCGAGGAUUUUGAAAAUCAACUCUGUGGAUAUCAAACUGACGUUAGAUACAAACACUGGUAUUCUUAUGAUGCCAGGUCGCCCUGCUGUCUUCACUGCGCAAAAUCUUAGCUUUUCAACCAAUAUGCCCGAGAGGAAUUUAGAGAUCAGAUACAGGCUGAUGAACGAGCCAAAGUAUGGUCAGAUUGAGCAACAGCGCUAUUCUGAUUCUGAAUGGGAGGUUACAAACACGUUCUCUCAGCGCCAUGUCACUAACGAGCAGGUCAGAUAUGUACAGACUGACAUGCAGGCCAAACCAACCGAGGACAGGUUUAAGUUUGUUGUGACGUGCAUGAAUGCCCGGUCACCAGAGUACGAGGUUCUGAUAGAGUAUUACCACAGUGGAGUUGAUGUCAACAUUAAUGAACAACUGAUGUUAAACGCAGUCGCUAGUGGAGUGAUCACUCCACAAUAUCUAUCAGUGCAGACCAAGGGGAAUGACAGCCCUGAGGAGAUCUUGUACACACUGAUAGAACCACCGCGAUAUGGACUUCUAAGUAUCAUGAGAAACACAUCAACAUCAUCGGUAAAGGAGACGAUUCAAAGGAACUCGCGUUUCACACAGCGUGACAUCAAUCGUGGUGAGCUGAUCUAUAGUCUGCCGUCGGUCUCGGAGUAUGCAUUUGACGAUGAGUUCCAGUUCAAAGUGUUUGCACCAUCUGUCCAGUCUGACAUCAGCACCUUUAAAAUAAUCUACGAACCCGCCAGGACUCAGAUGCAGGUCAUUAACAAAGGCUUGCAAAACUUGAAUGAAGGUCACAGAGGUCAAAUCAGUCAUGAGGAUCUGUAUAUUGAAAGUAUCGGCAAUAAUAACUAUCAGUUUGGUGUCAUCAUGUUUCCAAAGCAUGGCGUCCUACAAAUGAUUGACCCAACGACUGAUCAGAUUAUGAAUUCAAAUGUGACAAUGUUUACGAAUCAGGACAUUAGGGACGGGAAGCUUUGGUACGAACAUGACGACUCAGAGAGUCGCACUGACUCUUUUGAUUAUGAGGCGAUGCCCAUGCUUGUGACGGCCGAGCCAGAACAAGAGGUCAGCGAACUGACUGGCACGUUCAAAAUCAAAAUCACCCUCCGAAAUGAUAAUGCUCCUGUCAGGAUUGUUAGAAAGGUGUUUAAUGUUGUAGCCAAUAGAGGGCGCUUGAUGACGGAUAAGGACUUGAAAUAUGAUGAUCCCGAUAUCAGUUUCAAUGAUGGUGACUUGGAGUAUGCGUGGAGAGGGAUACCGAAUGGUGUCCUGGUGGAUGCCAACAACCAUUCUCAUAAAAUAACCAACUUCUAUCAAAGAGACUUAGAGAAUGGCAAACUCUACUUCAUCCAUAAGGGUGAAAGUUAUGGUCGCUCACAGAUCUGGGUACAGGAUGAAGAUUACUAUACAUCUGGGCUGUUUGAGGUUCGUGCGUCACAACCAUACAUCAUCGUCGUCAAUAACACAGGGUUGGAGGUACAGAAAGGAGGGGAGGUCAUGAUUACGAGCUACAAUAUCAGCAUUGAGACAAACCUUGAUGUCGAUGAUGCAGAGGUUAGGUUUGUUUUAGCGACUCUGCCUCAGUAUGGUCGUAUUCUUGUCCGGUCGCAUGAAAAGACUGAGUUCAACUUGGCUGAGUUGAAACACAAUCAGGUUUACUAUCAACAUCACCCGUAUGGGAAAGCUGAUGAUGUGUUUGAGUUCUAUAUCAUGAUUGAGAAUGUUCAGAUCAAGGAUAAGAUACGGGUGAGCGUGUUCAUGGACAAUAUGCACCAUCCCCCGCGGGUCGUCAAUAACAAGAUCUUAGUCGUGAGUGAGGGAGGAAGCAGCUAUAUUGACAAAACCAAGCUGAAGGUCUCACACGUUGACUCGCUCCCCUCAAAUAUCAAGUAUAACAUCGUGCAACCACCAAUGUAUGGCGACCUUCACCUGAAACGGGAGGGGGACAUUGACAACCCUGAAGUCAUCCAGAGGGCGACCUCUUUCACUCAAUCUGAUAUUAAUAACGAUCGGCUGACAUAUGUUCAGAAACAGUCGGGAAAGGCAACGGAUCAGUUCACGUUUGAUGUGACCAAUGGGAAGCAAGUACUCCAGGGGUUAGAGUUCGUCAUCGAGAUUAUCCCGGCGACGAUUCCAAUCAUGAUCAAUAACUUUACCGUUGAGGAAGGUGGGAAAAAGACAUUGCACUCAGAUUUGAUCAGAAUAACGGAUGAACAUUUUGCUAAGAAUCAUAUUAUCUUCAGUAUCAUAAAAGCCCCGCUGCACGGCUGGAUAGAACAUAAGGAUAAUCCUGGGAGCUAUCUCACACGCUUUACCUCUGACCAGUUGAGAAGCGAGCGGAUUAGUUAUGUCCAUGAUCACAAUGAGACGCUAUCCGACCAAUUCACCAUCCUGGCCAUGUCCCGCUCACAACGUAAACAAAGCAACCCACAUACGAUCUACGUGCAUAUCUACCCCGUCAAUGAUGAGCCACCAGAGGUGGUCAUCAACACACCGCUUAAAGUCUGGCUCCGCUCAGUCACUGUCAUCACUAGGGACAACCUCCUCACGGUCGACAAGGACACGAAACCCGAGGAGCUGUGGUAUACAAUCUCUCCCCCGACCCCAGGACACGUGGCGCUCCUCGCCAAGCCCGACAAGGAGAUCAGUAACUUCACCCAAGCCAUGAUCGAUGCUCAACAAGUGGUCUUUGUACAUUCAGGUGAAUCGAAGGGCCACUUCACCUUCCAUGUCCUAGAUGGCGCCACCUCCACAAAGCGACAUCGAUUUGUUAUAAAAGCCCAGCAGUUGAUCUUAGAACUCAAGAGGAACAAACACAUUGAUGUCUUCCCGACGACCAUACAAACAAUUACAGCGGAUAACUUACUAGCUGUCACUAAUGACGUCAAUCAGUCACGCCCGAUUAUGUAUACACUGCAACGGAAACCUAAAUCUGGCCGCCUUGUAAAUCGCCACAACAGAAAGAUUGAGUUGGAAACGUUCACACAGGAGGAUAUCAAUCGGGGAAAUGUGGGGUAUCUUCAGAGUGAGAAUGUUGGCUCGUGGAAAGGCAAGGAUCACUUCAUGUUUGAGAUUCAGACGGCCUUCGCUAACAGCAUCACGUAUCGUAAGUUUGAGAUUCAUAUCUCGUACGAGACAGUGAAAGGUGAUAAUAUUAAUCAGUUGAUCGGGAUGUCAAUGGCGCAUGUCGAGGAAGGCGGCACAGUUACGUUUACGAAACAGAAUUUGAAUAUUACAAACCUCAUGGUCUUGCUUCAGAAUAUCGGCAUCCUUAAUCCUCAUGUUCGCUAUGUCAUACGGGAGUUACCACAGCAUGGAGAGUUGCUCUUUGACGGGCAAACCAUCACCGUCGGCACAAACUUUCUCCAGCAGGAUGUCAAUGAACAACGAAUGAAAUACAUGCACGAUGAUUCUGAUUCGCUGAUGGAUAGUUUUAAGUUCAUGAUCUUGGUCGGCACUAGUGACCUUGACCCUGAUAUGACUAAGAUUCACGAUCAUGAUGAUAUCGUCUUCAAUGUGACGGUCCAACCCAUCAAUGAUGAGGAGUUUGAACUUGUUACACGGAACCCAUCCAUGACUGUGCUCCAGGGUAGCACCAGUCACAUCACGGGGAAAGAGUUGGAAGUCAUCGAUCCAGACACUGGCCCAGUGGAGAUUGUCUUCCACAUUAUCAAUGGACCCACCAAUGGUUUUCUAGCAAAGACUGAUGCUUUAAAUAGGCCUGUUACCCAGUUUACACAGGAAGACUUGAAUUUGAAACACCUGAUGUUUAUUCAUAACGGUGGCCAGGAGGAGGGGUCAUUCUAUUUCAAGGUCACUGACGGGAAAUUCAACGAUGUGUACAAAGUGUUUAAGAUAUUUAUAACCCCGUUGACCCUUGAGGUCAAGUCCUCUAAUGUCCAGCUCAUGCAAGGGCAGACCUCUAUUGUUUUUACACCAAAUGACAUUGAGUCUUCCACCAAUGGUAAGAGAGAAGAAGUCAAAUUUAACAUCACCAAAGUACCACAGUUUGGGAAAGUGUUUGUGAAUGAUGUCCCAUCCCGUCACUUCGCGCAGUUGGAUGUUGACUCGCAACAGGUGGUGUAUGUACAGACGGACCUCUCAGUUUCCAUGGAUACGUUUGAGUUGAGCGCGUACAACUCUAAGUUAGUCAGCCCUUACCAUAAGGUGAAUAUCACCGUCAAACCUUUUGUAAAACAGAAACCAUUCAACGUCUCAUUUGCUGAAAGUACGCCAUUGACAACUGAAGUGUUGGAUGCAACGGAACUAGCGACACUGACCGGCAGCAACCCUUGGUAUGAGAUCACUAAACACCCAAUGUACGGCAAGUUCUCAAGACAGAGAACAAAACGUGACACGAGCGGGCGCCGUAAGAAAGGACAGCUGCAGUCGUUCACACACGAGGAUAUCCUAAAUCGUCAGAUUGUGUUUGAGGCCGCGGAGUCCCCUGGUGGUGUACAGAAAGCUGACGAUGGCUUUACCUACAUCCUUCACGCGGAUAGUGCCCAACCCGCCCAGGGGAAACUAGCGAUAGCAAUGCAGCCACCAAAACCUAAACCUAAUAACGGGCAAACUAAUGCUAAUACUGGCGGUGGUGACAAUCAGACACAAAAUCCACAGAACACAGUCAGGCCACCUAAAGUAGAAACCAAAUCACCACCAGGGACAUCUGUUUUGAAACGCGACCAUUUGUUGAUUCUCUUUGUGGUGGUUGGUUUGGUCGUAGUUGCUCUUGUCAUCCUCGUCCUCAUCAAAUGCAUCCACAAACCAUCGCCAAGUAAAACACCUAGGGUCCAUGAUAAGAGCAACAUGCCUCAGUCAGCAUUUGAUCAGUCGUCGUCAAGGGACGGUACAUUAGAUCGGGUGGCGCCCUCUUAUAACUCUCUGCCGUCUAUUAAAGUUACUCAGGAUACGCUGCCACAUGAUCAGCGUCAACAGACAUUGUCACCAAUACAAUCACUGGCGGCGGCCAGGACGUAUUCGCCUACAGACAGUAGCCUGGCCUCGUCAGCGGCCUCGGGCGAUCAAACCACACGUAAAGUUCCCGCUCGUGGUCCGCCUGCUUAUGACCAAGAUGAGACGGAGGUAAAACGACCACUGCCCCCCGGUGCCAGAGGGCGUGGUCGCACAAGAGGGGCACCUGGCGGUGAAGGACCGUCCGGAAGUUUAAAUGAACAUGUGACUUUUGAUUGGGAGAGUUGUGACCCAGAAUUAUUACAACAUGUGAGAACAACGAAUCCUGUUUUGAAGGACAGCAAGUACUGGGUGUAACCUGGCCAGACACAUCAUCAAUCCUAGUCUUCAGCCAUGUCUCAUGAGUAGGGUCAGACAAGUCAUUGAUUUACCAGUGGCGUGAUGGGAUGUGAUCAUGGUGAAUUGAAAGAUCGGUAACUGUGUCAUAUUGUUUGGUGCUCGAGUGAAAUCAGUUGGAUUUCCUCUCAUUACCACUGGCCAACCGUACUGUUGGGAUUUGAACAUUUCAAGCUGUGCCAUGAUUUCCUGUGUCGUCAUUUCACUAGAUCCAACUGAUAUGUUAUUGGGAUCUUUCUGUCACAAUCCAUUAAUGUUUCAUCGCUUCUCUGGUAGAUCACUUACUGGUAUUUGACACAUUGCGAGCUGGGGGUAUAGGGCCAUUGAAUACUUUCACCUCACUGUCCUCAGGAGAGCUAAAAUCAAAGAAAAAACAGAAAUUAAACUUCCGGUGGGGUCUUUACACUUUUUUGCCAAGAGUUUGACACAAUGCUGGACUUGAGGGUAGGCAGCUCUGUUAUCUCUUUGAGAAAAACCUGUGGAACAAUGAGUUGUCUGACAGGCAAGUUAGAAACAAAUGUUAUGAUGCCUCAAAAUCUUCCAUCUUUCAGAUGUGCAGUUGCAUAUUGGUGCUUCAGUUGUUGUCGUCUGUAUAAAGUGCUGUUGAAGUACUGUUAAUCUGAUAUGGUUUUGUCUCGUGACAGUGACGAGAUUUGGGAUAACAUAACAAUGCACACACUCCUAGUCAAAUCUGCAUGGGCAACCGCGUUGAUGACCAGGUAUGACUCGAUCCAAAGCUGAUAUGUGGCAGCACUUGUCAGCAGUUAUCAAUAUGGGAAGAAUGCGUGGCUUUGAUUGACAAUAGAUGACUCACUGCCAACGAUUUUGGAAUCCACACUUUUUAAGCUGGAGGAGUAGUUUUUUAUGGACGGUGCUUUGUGAUGAACUAUUUUUAUUUUUAUUUGUUAUUAUCAUCCAUACCGGUUAAUGUCAGAUGUCUAGAGUUUGAACAAGGCACGAGUCUGGGUGUACUGAUGGUGCUGACACCUGGUCAUUGCUUAGUAACUCGAACUUGCGGCUGUGUUUAGGAAAUGUUCUUUUUCCGUCAGGCGUUGAAAUUCUAGAUUCUGGUCUUAAAGAUUGAGAGCUUUCGAAUUCCCCGUCAUGUGUAUGAACAGACCCGGGGCUGGGAAGAGUUACAAGGCAUCACUUUUAAGCAUAAUUUUUUCCAAAUACUCAAAAUAGUUCUAUUAACAACCAAAGACUGAUGUAAAUAGUAUUGACAUGGUGCUAGUUUCAUGUAUUUUAGAAAAAAACAGUAGAAAUUGUGUUGCUGUUCAAUAAUCAGAGUGGUACUGUAAACUCAGCCAGGAUCGAGACAUGUUGACCUUUACUGUUGAAGCAUGUGUCUUGUAAAAGAGUGAAGACUUCAUCCACUGCUGCAAUAAAAAGACCCAAUGGCUCUUGACUGAUUGUACAGUACUGGGUUCAGUAAAGGUGAACAUAUCAUGCAAUGUUCAUUAGAACCUGCAUGAUACGAGGUGUUCCUAUAACAUAACCUCAAAUGCUUCAUUCUCUUGGGAAUAGAGGGAAGGACAGCGCAGGGCUGAGUUUGCAGUCUCAUUGUCGUUCAUUCGCAUGCCUUCAAAGAUAUUGUAUGAAUGUGUAUGAUAUUUAUUGUUCCAAGGCCAUUAAAAUACUCAAAAUCAUUGUUUUGCCAAAGUUUGUUUAUUGUUUAGGAUUUCAUGAUUUGUACAUCUUUCAUUCAAAGGAAAUCACCAUCUCCUCUCCAAAAUAUGUGUACUCUAUUGUCUUCGAUGGACUUGCAUAGUCAUUCUUGAAUGAAAGGUAUCUGUUUUGAUGCCGAGGAAAGAGAUGGUGUUUUACUUUUCAAACUGUACAGACAGUGGUGCAGCUAGUGUUGGUACAGGUAUUGGUGGUUGAGAUAUACCUUUGAAUAUCGACAUUCAGUUUCAUAUUCUCUUUCUAAUCUUGAGCAUCUUUAUACUUUAUUGACUCAUGAAGCAAUAUGUUGAAUUGAAAGUGAUCGUCUCACCAAUUUAAGCUGACAAAUGAUCAACUCGGUCACAGUUUGACCAAUGUCUUUUAUAAAAAAACAGCAUACUUGGUGAGCUGGUUGCUUAACGGAUAAAGCACAAAACCAUUGGAUGAGAUUUUCUUACUGUAUUUGUAUGUAGAAGCUAGGGUUUUGCAAGGAAUUGGGAGGUCUUUUUGUAAAUGAUUACUACAUGUGUGGUGUUGUUCAGAUCAUUGGCUGAUGGGUGGCUACUAAUGCUUCUUGAAGCGUACAUUCACUUGGCAGUGCUGUCAUAACUAGAAACUAAAUGUUCUCCAGGCUUUUGUACCCAUAUUCUUGUUGGUAUUUGCAAUAGAGCCUGUCACUGAGGCGAGCCACAUGGUUCUUUUCCCCUAAUUCAAGUCAUCAAUAAAAUUCAUCGAUCCAUCUUUAA